CAAAGAUGAAUCUCUGUGAAAGUAUAACAGCAAUUUUAUUUUGCACUAUAUUUUCCACAGUUUAUUCAUCCGGCACCGCUUUACUGACGAACGCAACAUGUGGGGGUGUGUUUACUGCAAACAAUUUUUAUCUACAGUCACCGAAUUAUCCGCAAGAAUAUCCAAGAAAUCUGAACUGUGUCUAUGUCCUCAAGGGACCUAAUUGUCCCACCCACUACCAAUUUGAUUUUAUUGAUUUCGAUUUGGAAAAUUCCGUAGGAUGUGUUAAAGACAGAUUAAUAAUUGAAAAUCAAGACGCAUUAUGUGGUAAAGCCGGUCUCAAGGGUAAUAAGGGUUAUUUUAGUAACAAUGGGUCGUUGAACGUAAGAUUCAUAUCAGAUGGUAAUGGGACAUCGAGAGGUUUUAUAAUAUUGGUUACUAGAUUGGAAUGCGAGAAUGAGGCGAAAAGAGAAGACAGCACAACAGAUAUUACUGAAGUUAUUGAUACAACAGUCAAACCAGAAUCUACAACAACACUAUUCCGUCCACUUCACCUGCCACUACCUAAUCCAGAAGACAACUUGCCACAAUGUUGUUUAAACACUUUCAAUUCUAGACGAUCUAUAAUAACCAGUCCCAAUUUUCCAUUCACUCUCAACCAUAAACUUGACUGUAAAAUAAAAAUUCAAAAGGCAACAAAAAAUAUUUGUAGGUUAAAACUUUCAUUUUUGUUCUUUUGGUUGGGAUCAGCCAAUCACAACAGUUGUCCUUAUGGAUGGUUAAGAGUUGAUGGAAAGUUUAUUUGUGGGUGCAAUCAGGAUCUUAAGCUAACAACUACGUUUGAUGGUGAAAACGUGAAAGAACUUGUCUUUAGAAGUGAGGGUGUCAAUCUAAACUCCCAAAGUGGAUUUGUUAUUGAAGUGAUCCAAGAUGAAUGUCCAACAAAAUACUAUCCAGGAUAUACUCAAAGUUUACCAUUUGUAUAUAGAAACUCUAAGUUUAAUAGACAGAAUGGAGUGCAACAAUAUAAUCAAAUGAGUGUCGACAGCAAUGACGAUCAAACUUAUAUAGAAACUGCAGAGUUAAUUCACGAGAAGACUGAAGAAGUUGACAAUAAAAACUCAAGUUCAAAGUUUGUGCAAGGUCCAAAACUCAUAAAAAGCUUUUAUCUUUUUUCAGAACCAAAUUACAACUCUGCACCUGAACAACCUAUCGAACCAGAACCAACUACUUUUAUUGAUACCAGCACUGUAUCUGUAAUAGUAACAACUAUAAACCAUCAAGAAUGUACAUAUUGGAAUAACGUUCAAAUGAACAAGUUAUGUUAUGCCUACGGCAACAAUUUACAAACGUGUAAAAGAACUUCUGAUAGUCACCGACAAAAGGAUGUUUUGCCGAAAAGUAACUGUAUCGAGCUGGACUAUGUUCGUGGAUAUUUAAAAAGCCCAGGAUAUCCAUUUUAUUAUCCAAAACUCUUAAACACGUGUUACAGGUUCAAAAAGCGACCCGGAUAUUGCGGUUUACAAGUUUUUAUGGCUGAUUUUCAAUUACAAAGUAGCUACGGAUGUUACAAGGAUUACCUUUUAGUGGAAAAUCAACACAAAUAUUGUGGGAAAAGCCUUUGCGGUCGAUAUUUAACUUUCGACUUGACAGAUAAAACUCACGAAGAUUUAGUUUUUGUGAGUGAUCGCUUCUUUUGUGGCCGCGGCUUUUACGCCACGUAUGAACAACUUCCAUGUCAAACACCUACAACUACAAAAGUGCCAGAUGUGACUGUGGUACCCAUACCUACAACACCUCCAACUACUUCAAGUCCAAUUUGUGAUAGAUACAUUGCCGAUAGAUUAUUUAUUUUUGAGGUAAAGCAAGAUAAGGAUAGGUGUUCCUUUCAAAUCAGGAAAGCUUCACAGGAUGUAUGUAAAGUGAAUCUCUACUUUGAAAACUUUGAUCUAUUUUGUGGUUCGGAGUCAUUAGCCUUGGAUAAUAUGAUGUUGUGCGGUCAUCUUACUGGAAGGCGAAUUUCCGUAAACUUUGAUGAUUAUAAUGAGCUAGUUACUAUUUUAUACAGAAGUAAUUUACAAAAUAAAUAUGGAGAUUUGAAAUUUCGAAUAUCUGGAGAACAGAUUAGUGAUGAUUGUUUAAUUCCAGAACCCCCAAUACAACGUUUGGUUAUCAAAUAAAAUUUUUAUUUAGUUCAUAAGUACUAUAUUAUAAUUAGUAUAAGGUAAAAUAUUUUUUAUAUUUUUCAAUAUUUGUGAUACACGUAUUUAAAUAAAAACUUAAAU